AGCGCCCCGUCCGCAGCCUCGGGACGCGAGGCCCGGCGCCGCGCCGCCCGGCCGCCCCCCGCGGGGGCCCCCUUCAGAAGCAUGGCGGCCGCGCGCCUGCGGGACUUCGCCGCCGGCCGCGCGGAGCAGGCGCUCGGCUGCUUCGGCCGCGGGGAGUGGGCCGCCGGGCUGGCCAAGGCGCGCGCCGCGCUGGAGCUGCUGGAGCGGCAGGAGGAGGCCCUGCCCCCGUGCCUGGCCCCGGCGCUCGGCGGCGCCUGCCUGGCGCUGGCGGCGCAGGGGGAGCACGGGGGGGCGCUGGCGCUGUGGUGCCGCUACGCCGAGGUCAUCGCGGACGAGCGGCUGAAGGAGCAGCUGCUCCAGUUCUGGCACCAGGACUGCAACGCGCCGCGCCCCGGCGACCUGGUGCAGCUCUCCGGCAGCGGCGGCGCGCAGCUGGUCUGCGAGGCGGCGAGCCCGCUGCCGGCGCCGGGCGAGGAGCUGGACGCGGGCGAGGAGGACAUGACGCUGCUGACGGCGCGCCUGUCGGCGGAGCAGCGGCGGCACUGGGGCGAGCUCGUGGAGGAGCGGCCCGGGCUGUUCGGCCAGCGCAUGCGCUCCGACAACGAGGCCCGCUGGCGGCGGCUCUUCGGCGCCGCGGCGCGCCGGGGCGGCGCCGGGGUUGGCGCGGGCGCGUGCGCGGCCGAGGAGGACGCCGGGCUGCCGCUGGAGCAGACCUUCGUGGCCACGCUGCACGGGCUGGUCGCCGAGCUGCUGCCCGGCGCCCGCGCGCUCACGGUGGACCUGCUGGGCUGCCGGCCAGCGCUGGAGCUGGAGAGCCCGGACGCGGCGCUGGUGGCCCUGAUGCAGGCGCUCCCCGCGGGCCUGGAGCAGCUGACCGUGCGCAUGUGUGGGCCAGAGGUCAACUCCGACGACUGCCUCCGGUCGCACGACAUCGGCGGCGGCCGGCGGCUGCACCUGGAGCUCCGCCGCGGGCUGUACCACGACGCCUGGCCCGAGGCCGACGCCGACCUCGUCGUCGCCAUGAACGCGGGGGUGGGCGUCCCCCAGUACGCGACGAUGUGGGGCCCCACCCUGGACCUGCUCGCGCGGCGGCCCCGGCGCGGCCUGCUGGCGCUCACGUCGUACACGUCGGGCGAGCUGCUGCGCGAGGAGAGCCUGCUGCGCGCCCGCUGGGCAGAGGUGGUGGCGCUGGCGGAUGCGCCGUGCCUGGCGCAGGCGUUGGCCCCGCUGGUCGCCGCGGGGCCGCCGCCGUGGACCCUGCCCCGCGCCGCCGCCGCGGCGCGGGCCUCGGACGGCCGCGCGCUGGCGCUGCGGCGGGGCGACGCGGUGCUGCCGGGCGGCGAAGCUCUCCGAUGCUCCGGGUCCAGGAUGCCCGAGGCUCCGGGGAGAAAGCUGUAG